UUUCCCGUUUGCGAACGUUUAAAACUUGGCCGAGGACCUAUCCCCGGUCAGUCACCCUUCUCCUCCUCCGCCGCCAUCCCUCCUCAUUUCUUUAUUCUCCCCGAUCAUCUCCGCCGCGAUUCCGAAUCUCCGAUCGUGAAAAAUGGGCCACAACGACGAACCGGUGAUCGGCGUGCCGUACUAUGCCAGUCAGAACCCUUACCAAGCCGGAGUCAUCCCUCCCAACGCCGUAUUCGGCGAUCCCAAGGGCAUUCCCCUUCAGCAGACUAUGUUUCACGAUACUCCAGCUCCUUUCAAUUGCGUUUACUGCGGUAGCUCUGGAAUCACCAACGUUCGAUCAAAGCCUAGUUUGGCAGCUGUUGUGGGUUGCAUGAUGCCAUUUAUGCUCGGCGUGUGCUUUCUUUGCCCUUCGAUGGACUGCCUCUGGCACAAGUAUCACUACUGCCCCAGCUGCAAAGAGAAGGUUGGCCAAUUCGAGAAGACGGAUCCAUGUUUAGUGAUGGAUCUCCCCCAGUGGAAGCAACAGAGCUUUGCGUUGCCUGCAUGAUGAUAAGUUGCCCUCUCCAUCAUGUUGUAGUAUCAUUCUGUAUGCUUGCUACAGAAUGUACCGCCGACGAUUGUCCAUGAAUCGCAGACUGAUUUUAGCUCCUGUACUUACUGUACAAAGGGCUAUUAAGAUCUGUUAAGGGUUUGACGGUUUGUUAUCCACAGCAGUUGGAUGUUAUACUAUAUACAUUCACACUUCAUCAAUAAUAUACAUAUCCGGUCCAUCAGAAUGUUAGUCUUUGGUUUGAAUUCUUGAGUUCAACACAUACUAAAUCGAGAUUAAUUUUGCUUGGCGAUCAGCAUUCGAGCGGGAGCUUGAGCUGUUCUUCUAAUCAACAAGUUGAGGCUAACCUAAACUCAUCGUGGUUUGAUUGCAGUCCUACUAACUCAGCCUAGG